AUGUACCACGACGCGGCAUCGCAGACGAGCAAGGGACUACUGAACCUCGGUACAGACUGCCUGCAACUACUGCUCAGCUACGCCAAGGUGGAGCAGAUGCGGAGGCGCGCGGUCGUCACGGUACUGGAUGCUCAGCGUACGCUGCCGGAGGAGCACCUCGGGCAGGUCGUCGGCGUGCGGGGGGGAGAGCUGUACGUACAGUGGCACCUGCAGCCCGGAGGCAGCUCUGAACUCGACCGAAGCGUCGCUGUCCCGCUCGGCAGCCCGGAGACGGUGAAGCAGCUGUACAAGCUGCAGACCCUGGCGGAUGCAGAUGGGGCACCAGCGCUGCUGCGGGAACCACCGUCGUGGCGCACGCCAUUUCGUAACGACUCGGUCGAUGAGCGCCUCAAGGCGCUGGAGCAGGCGCCGUUCAAGCGGGAACAGUGGGCAUCUCUCAUCCAAGGCAAGUAUACACCAAAGGUAAAGAAACACGGGUACGCGCAGCACACAACGCAAGACGACUUUCAGACAAAGGAGUACAAGGAUCGGCUGCUGGCGCGGCAGUACUUCCACAACCCACAGGCGUUCUCCGUCAUUCCGGAGCGGCACGAGCGGUCAGUGAGGUUUAUGGGCAAAUGGGAGCAUCAGCGCGUCUGUGGACUGCCGACAGUGGACCGGGAUGAGCUAGAGAAGGGCUGGGGCGAGGCGGAGGAGAUCACCGACGCCGCGGUGGACGCGAUUGAGCAGGCGCUACGCGACAUCAGCGGCCGGCGACCCGGCAACUUUGUCAAGUCUCCGACGGAGACGCAGUCGCUGCGCCUCAAUGAAUCAUGGUGGACACCACUGGAGUUCGGCUGGGAGGAACACAACCGUGAGCAGAUGGCCUUCCUCGACAGUAGUGAGCGCCGCAUCAUUGAAAGCGCACGACUGCCAUUCGGUGGCAGGCGACCGCCCUUUGGAACGACCUACGGCAUGGGGGAGCGCAUUAGCGAGAUUGCAGCGGACUACGCGAAGGGGUUCGGACUGGGCCCGCAUGGGCACUCCCCACAGCACGACACGACUCACUUCAACACGCUCGAGGAAGAGCAGCAGCGCGCGAAGGCGCUCGGCCUCGGCAACGCACUUGUGCGACUCUUCCACGAGAAGCUGGGCAACCAGGACAUCCAAGCCUGGGCAUCGCAACAGUGUGGUGAGUCUGACGCCAACGUACGCCACCUUCUACUCUCCGUUCAGGAGUGGCGCACGAAGGGACGAUCGCCGUCACUGCUACUGUGCAAGGUGCUGCAGCGAUACUUGAAAGAGGAGCUCGAUGCCUUCAAUUGUGGACUGCCGCCUCACGUGCCGCGUCUCGCGGUGCCGUACGCUGCUGCGUCUGCUGCCGACAGCAACGGCAGCAGCAGUGCCGGGAAUAUCUGGGUGGAUGUCGACCGCAAGGCCUUUGCCCUGGAGCACGCUAGUGAGUUCCAUCGCGGUGACAGCGAUGAGCCAUACAUUGUGGGCCUCGUGCAGCGCGCUGGUAUGAGCAGCGGCAGUGACGGCGCCUCGCCGACGGGCAGCGACACCGACAGCACCUACGCCGCGUACGUUCAGCAGGAUGUGCUACAGCGUUUUCAAGUAGGCCUGGCCCGCAUCGUCGGCCGCGGCAUUCCGAGCUCAAUUAUUUUGGAACGCACCGUGAAGAAUAACCGCAGCCUUGAGCGGGAGAGCGCCAAAAUGCUGACGCUGGUGCUCGUAGGGGAGCUGGCGAAGCUGCUGUCGAAGAUGCGCGUCUCGGCGGACAACAUCUCGAUGGUGGUACGCGGCCUCGCCCAGUGCCCGGAGAAGGAGCUGUUGGGUGGUGGCGACUUUGCGGUGCCGGUGUCACUCAUCUUCAGCUGGAGUGGCCCGCAGUCGAAUGGCUCCGCCGCGGUCAGCAAUAGCGGUGCCAGCAACGCCCGCUCCGGUGCUUCCCGCGGCGCCGGUAUCCGUUCGGUACAGCAGAUGAUUGAGCGAACGCGGCAGAGCUCCAGUGCUGGCAGCAGCGGCAGCGGUGACGGCGAGAAGAUGGUAGCGAAGGUGUUAGAGGAGCUGGCGUGGAGUCAGGACGGCGUCGCUGCCGAUGUCCUCUACGCCGUGCAGCAGAACAAGGCGAACCCCACGCUACGGCAAGAGUUCCUGAAUGCCUUCCUGCCCGUGUGCUCAAACGACUCCCAGAAAGCGGAGCAGAUUUACACCGACUACACGUUGGGCAAGUUUGUGCCCAACAUCACGGUCGCCAUUGAGGCCUUUGUAAAGUUCCUGGGGAACAUUUCAGCACAUCCGGAGCGGGUGACAAGCGCUGUGGAGUACUUCGAGGUGGACAGCACGCGCCGCGCGGAUGGCACGGAGGGAACGGGCCAGUACACGCAGGUGCGUUUGCUGCCGCCAGAGAUGGGGCCAUUCCAGUACGAGAGUACCCUCAUCGAGUCUAUCGAGACGGCAGAGCGCUUCCGUCGGUACGGCAUCCUUGCCGGUCCAACCUGCGUCCCCACUUCUGGCUUCAUUGCGGCGAACUGUAAGUCGCUCACUUACAUGACGCAUCGCAACAAGGAGGUUGUCUACGUGACAAGAGAGAAUGACCAAGGGCUGCUCAACGCGCUGCGCACCUCUGCCCUCUUCAAUAGCAUCUCCAGUAACCCGAAGCUGAGCCACCUGUUGAAAGAGAGCGCUGGUAGCGAUCAGCGCCGCAGCAGCGGUGGAGGACAGCCGCACGCGCUGCUGGUAGAUAGUUUCAACCGCUUUUUCUACCGGGUCGCGCCGAUGCUGAGCUUCUACGAGAGUCUCCUAAAGGAGUACAGCGCCACAAUGCCGUCCGCCCAAGCCGAGGCGCAGAUCGCCAACCUUGGGCUUGCCCGUGCCUUGGAGAGCGAGGCGUCGACGACCAUCGAGCAGGACUUCCGCCGCAACGCGGAGCGCUACUGGCGCAACGUACUGGAAGGCCGUAGCGGCGAGGAGGCCACGCUGGGCAGUGGCGGUCGUGGGUCAGCCAGCGCGCAAGGCCGCCGACCUCCCCAGCAAGGAAGUGGGCGCGCCAGGCAGUCCGGCUCUGGCAGCCGCAGAGGCAGCGGUGAGUUCAACCUUACCAGCAUCGUAGGCCACCGCGCUGCCGCUGGCGCGCGCGGCGAGAAGGGCCAACCCUUUGCUUCAUCGUCGAGCAGCGGCAGCACCAUGGCGACGGCGGCAUCCUCAUCGGCACGUGUCAAGGACCUGCUGGGUAACUUGAAGGGCGGCGGCAGCGAGGCUGGACGUGGAAAGGGCUCUCGUCCUGCCAGCCCGUCCGGCGCGACCAGCGGCAGUCGUGGUGGUCGCAGCAACAGUAGCAGUGGGGAUAAGAAUCGUGGCGCAAGCGGGAGAAAGUGA